UCUGCUCUGUGGUGAGUCUGCAGGGUGAAAGCUCUCCACUGAGGAAUUCAACAGGAGCUGCAGAAGAAAAAAGAGCUGGUUUCUAUCUCAAACCCAGGAGGUGCAAGCCCUGUAGUCUGAGGCCUCACCUGCCCUCCUUCAUCCUCCUCCCCCCACACCUCCUGUCUGAGCCCUGCACCUGUUCUAACUCGUCUGCCAGGUGAAGGGGAUCCUCUGGCCUUGCGCUGUUUUUUCAGCUGACCGUAGCUGCAGGGCAAUUAGGAACCCAGUCUAUUCAUUUGACUGGAUUGCUGCUUUGCUCUGCGUCUCUCUCUAUAACCCACCUCCCUUCCCCUCCCUGCCUUUUCUUACCCCCCUCCCACUCCAUCUCCGUCUAGCCCAGUCUGGUUGACACCGUGGGUACGUGUGGAGCUGCAGAAACUUCUUCUGCUGGAGUAAAAGUGUUGAUCACAUUGCAAGGACACAGGGGAGGAAAGGGUGACAAAGAAUUCUUCUAUUGGAGGGGCGAGGUUGCAGCAUUGGACGGCUGAGGUAGAAAAAACUCCAAACCAAAGGAUUCUGAAGUUGGAAGAGCAGCAGGUAUGAAAAGCCAGACUGUGGUUGUGUCUGUGGCUCUGCUGGCCCUGUGCUGCCUCCUGAUCCCCAGAGGAGGGGAGAGCGCUGGGGGGAUAGUUUCUCUCCAGCAGACUGAAGUGGAGAAUCAGAUGCGAGAUGAGUCCCUGGAUGACCCAGAAAGGGAGCAAGGACUCACAGGGGACAGCAGGGACAAGAGAGACACAGAAGAGGCUGCACAGGCAGGUAUUUUGGGCAGGGUGAGGAGGGCGCCAGACGAAGAAAAAAAGAAGAAGAAGGACAAGAAGAAGAAAGAGCCAAAGGACCCCAACGCCACCAAAAAGCCCAAAACUGACAAGAAGAAGAAGAAGGACAAAAAAACAACCACAACUCAGCCACCAACCACAACAGCAAUCCCGACUGAACCACCCACUGAGCCAUACACAGAGACAUACACAGAGCCAUACACGGACUACCCCUAUCCUGACCCCGAAAAUGAGUACUGGAAAGGGGACGAUGACUACUGGGAAGCUGACCCCACACCCCCCAGGCCCCAGCAGCCCGAGGCUCCCACAACAGAUCUUCCAUAUGACGACUGGAGGCUGGAGGAGGAAUACACAGCCGCUCCAGCCGUGACAGACGUCUACGAUGACUACUGGAAACCGGAGGAGAAAGGGCCGUCCACUCCGCUGCCUGAUAUCUACGACGACUACUGGACACCAGACAAUUAAGACCCUUAUGCUCCUGUGACUGAUAACUAUGACAGCUACUGGAAGGAGGCGGACCCGACGCCCCCUGCCCCUGAGGUUGAUGGGAAGGUCGGGACGGAUGACAUUGAUUACUGGGACGCCACAUUUGAGGUGCCAGAGAAUCUUCCGUUCCCUGAUGGUAAAGAGGUCAGCCCUGAAAUCAAAGUAGAAACUAUCACAGAGGAGCCCACAGCCACUCCCUAUGAGGGGACGUGGUAUGAUGAUUACGAUGAAUAUGGAAUGAGGAAGAAAGAAGACGAGACAGACGAAAAAUGGAUGGAGAAGGAGAGAGAGAGGGCAGAAAAAGAGAGGGCGAGGGAAGCAAAAGAGAGAGCGCAGAAGCUGAAGGAGGCAGAGGAACGAGCCAGGAGCAGACCACGUGUCUACAAAGAGCCAAAGAAGUGUCCUCCCCUGGGGUUGGAGUCCCAUAAGGUCGAGCCAGACCAGCUUUCCGCCUCCUCCAUGUCUCAAUAUAUUUUUGCACCUCAGAGGGCGCGCCUCAACAUGCAGGGCUCGGAAGAUGAAGAUAACAUGAGAGGUGGAGCGUGGUGUGCAAACGCAGAGGACAGGAUCCACUGGUUUGAGAUCGAUGCUCGCAGGGAGACGGAGUUCACAGGAAUCCUAACACAAGGACGAGACUCCUCCAACGAGAGUGACUACGUGACGUCCUACUUCCUGGCUUUUAGCAAUGACAGCAGAGAAUGGACCACCAUCCAUGAUGGAUACGCUGACUGGUUGUUCUUUGGAAACAAUGAUAGGGACACUCCGGUCAUGAACCAGCUGGCAGAGCCUGUGGUGGCCCGCUACAUGAGAAUCAUCCCUCAGAGCUGGAACGGCUCUCUGUGCAUGAGGCUGGAGGUUCUCGGCUGCCCCGUGCAAGAUCCAGCAGAUGCUCGGUUCAGGCAAAAUGAAGUGACCCCGGUAGACUACUUGGAGUUCAAACAUCACAGCUACUCAGAGAUGGUUGCACUCAUGAAGGCAGUGAACUCUGAGUGUCCCAACAUCACCAACAUCUACAGCCUGGGCCGCAGCUCCAAGGGACUGGAUAUCAUGGUCAUGGUCAUCUCUGGCAACCCCACAGAGCAUGAAAUAGGCGAGCCGGAGUUGCGAUUCACGGCAGGUCUUCACGGAAACGAGGCAGUGGGUCGGGAGAUGAUCCUGCUUCUGAUGCAGUACCUGUGCAAGGAGUACAAAGACAGAAACCCCAGAGCCCAGCAGCUGGUAGAGGGAAUACGCAUCCACCUGGUGCCAUCGCUCAAUCCCGACGGACAGAUGGAAGCUUUUGAAGCGGGAUCAGAGCUGAGUGGAUGGACCACAGGACACUUCACCAACGACGGCUAUGACAUCUUCCAGAACUUCCCCGACCUGAAUAGUAUCCUGUGGGAUGCCGAAGAUAAGGGCAUGGUGCCCAAACUCACCCCCAAUCACCACGUACCCAUACCAGAGAGCUACGAGACUAACAGCUCGAUUGCUGUGGAAACCAGGGCCAUAAUCUCCUGGAUGAAAAGCUAUCCAUUUGUGUUAGGUGCAAACUUCCAGGGCGGAGAGAGAAUUGUAGCCUACCCUUAUGACAGCUUACGUCUCAACAAGCCUGCCAACAGCCAGAAACCCCACAGCCGCAAGAAGAGACAGUAUGAAGAGGAAAGUUUCGAUGUGACAGAGUGGGGAAGGGGCUAUCACGAGGAGCCAGAGGAAGACUGGAGAGGAAGGGGAUACGGAGAGCCAGAAGAAGAGUGGAGGGGCCACGGCCAGGGCCACAAUCAAGGCUACGACCAGGGCCACAAUCAAGGCUACGACCAGGGCCACAAUCAAGGCUACGACCACAACCAAGGUUACGAACAUGGAUACGACCACAAUCAAGGUUACAACCAUGGCUACGACCACAACCAAGGCUACGACCAUGGCUACGACCAAAACCAAGGUUAUGAGCAUGGCUAUGACCACAACCAAGGCUAUGGCCACAGAGAGGAAGAGGAAGACAGAGGAAGAAGUGACGGCUACCAGUACACUGAGCCGGAGGAUGAGCCUCGGGUGAUUGCAGACGAGUCCCUCUUCAGGUGGCUGGCUGUCUCCUACGCCUCCACACACCUCACCAUGACACACACCUACCACGGCUCCUGCCACGGAGACGCAGCUGCCGGGGUGCACGGCAUCGUCAACCGGGCCAAAUGGAAGCCAGUCACAGGAAGUAUGAAUGAUUUCAGCUAUCUGCACACCAACUGUUUUGAGCUCUCCGUGUUCCUGGGAUGUGAUAAGUUCCCUCAUCAGAGUGAGUUGGCGUAUGAGUGGGAGAAGAACAGAGAAGCGAUGCUCAUCUUCAUGGAGCAGGUGCAUCGAGGCAUCCGAGGCAUUGUGAAGGACCAGCAGGGGAGCCCAAUUGCAAACGCCACUGUAUCAGUAGAAGGGAUAAACCAUGAUGUCACUACAGCACAAACAGGGGACUACUGGCGGCUGCUUAACCCUGGGGAGUACCGCGUGACGGCUCGAGCUGAGGGCUUCUCUCCUGUGACUAAACUCUGUGUGGUGGGUUACCAGUCAGGAGCCACCGCCUGCAGCUUCAACCUGGCCAAGUCCAACUGGGACCGCAUUAAACAGAUUAUGGCCCUCCAUGGCAACAAGCCCAUUAGACUCAGCUACAGCAACAACAAAGUACACAACCCUGCAGUUGCCAAUAGCAACCGGCGUGUGGUAAGUGGCAGCAGUGGAUAUUCACAGAAUUCACAAAUCAGCGCUGAACGGCAGAGGAGGCUCAGGAUAGCUCGUCUCCGUCGACUCCGGCAGCAGAGAUUACUGAGGUUAAGAUCAACGACGACAUUACCCCCAACAACUACAAUUCCCACAACACCAGAGACCACGACAUCCUGGUACGACUCGUGGGUCAUAGGGGAGGGACAGUCCUCGACGCCUGGCGGCUUCACAGACUCCUUCCUGGAUUAUAACUACGAGUACAAGAUUGAUGCCUAUUAAUCUGAACACACACACACACACACGGUCCUCUUCUACAAGUAGUUCUCAUUGCCGUGUUGUACUUGGAGCAGGCUGAUAAAGAAUCUAAUGAGGAAUCCUGUCUUUGUAUGACACAAACGCAGUGGGAAUGUACAGAAUAUUAACUACAUUCAUUGUAUAAAGAUAGUGCAUCUAUUACUCAACAAAACGCCUCUUCACAGUACUUGACCUUGUUAAUUAUAAGAGUACACACAAACACAAAUUCACAUUUUUAUGACUUCUUAUUCCGUCUGUUUGCUUCAUGAAAAGUUGUUUAUUGUGGACGCACAUUAAAGAAAAGUCAUGCUUUUUUUUUUUACUUCACCAGAGUUAUUUACCAUCCAUUGCAGAAAUAUUUUUUAUAGUAUGAACAGUCACAGAAGGUUUUAAAAAUGUUUUCAAAGUUGGUAACAGAGAAGCAGACACAGCUGGUUAUUUUUCAAAUAAAGGCUUGUUAAUACAGAA